AUAGUUGAAAUAAUUCAGGUGCCAUUCAAUGGAACUAUAAAUUUGAGCCAAACGACUCUUUCACAUCUAGUUGUAGGGUUGUUGGUUGUUGCCAUUCUUUCCUCUUCUUACUCGUUCUCUUCAAUUGAAGCCACACACACCCAAAAAAAAAAAAAAAAAAUUAAUCCUUUUUUUUGUGAAUUUUCAGCUAACCUACGUAAAGCUAAAGCUGGCUAGUAGAAGGUCGGUAUCUUUGAGGUGUAGCAAUCAUUGGGUUCUUCUAGAUUUUGACGUCUUCUUCCAGUCUGGCCGCUGUAACAACUUCCUGCUUUUCUCGCACCUCUAAGCAGGUGUGGGGCAAGGACGAGGGGCUGAUAUUACUAUGUGUUUUGAGGAGAUCAAUAUCAUCUCAUAUCUGGAGAUUGUGCCGUGUCUCAGCAGGGCUCACACUUGAUUAUGGCUAAGAUUGGCCUAUGCUAAGUCUUGCAAUCAUGUGAUCUUAUUUGCUGAAAUUCUACUGAUUAUUGAUUUAGUAAAUAUUAGAUUAUUAGAGCUCUUCGAUAUCUCGAAAGUGAUUAGAUCUCAUGUGAAGGAUUUUUUUUCUUUUAUAAAGAUGUUUAGGUUUUCAUGCUUCCCAGCUCACAUCCAUUCCCACAAACAAAAGAAAACAGCUCAAUUUUCUGCCGAAGCAAUGCAUAAAACACUUGAAGAUUGUUCUCAGAAUCAUGCCAUGAAGGGUUUUGCUUACUUGUCGACAGCUAGUGCAUCAUGUGCAGCGGAGAGAGAUGCUCUCGAGAACUAUGCCCAUCAUGCUUCCGAUUCUUCUCCAUUAGAGCGUGAUAAUAAAUCUGAGAAAUUCAAGAGCAAAUCUAAUACUGAAUCUGAAUUAAAAAGAAUUAACAAUGCGCAGAUGAGGAAGAGUUUAUCUUUGGGUUGUGGUUUGAAUUUGGAAGGAAGAGUUGUCAGUGGUAAUGACUCAGAGCAUGAGAGUGGUAGAUAUUCUUGUGAUGAAUCAGAUGAUCGUUGUGGAUCUGCAAGUGCAGAUGGUGGGAAGGAACUUAAUAUCAGCUUGCUUGAUUUAUUUCACGAAGCUGGACCUUCUGAUUCUGUUCAAGUGAACUCUGAUUUGGCUAACAAUGAGUCAAUAUUUUCAAUUGGAGAUGCAAAAGAGUCAGGAAAAGGCGGACAAGAGAACUAUGAGGUUCAGUUGUCUAAUGCAAAUGAGUCUGCUGACCAUUCACCACGUACUACUCGUAGUAUUGUAAAAUCAAGUUCAUUGCCUAACAUUCAUUCCCCAGGUCGACGAUUUAGCCACAACUUCAAUCGUGCCAGAUCUGCUGAGGACUUAAACAUUUUAGAUGCAAGACAGAAAGAAAAUUUCAUGGAUGAGGUAGCAAACAAGAUGAUGAAACACAAAGAAAAAGAAGAUAGUUUACGGAAUAAUGAAAAGGUUAAUGAUGAAACCUCACCUGAUGACAAUUUUGAUACGUAUAACUAUGUUGGCUCAGCCAAGGACUGGAUACUACCCGGGAUCGAUGAGGUUAACAUGAAGAAGAAUAUUAAUGCAGAAUCUACAUUUUGCCGGUGGAAUGAAUUGACAGGCAAGGAUUUUAAGACUAAACGAAUUGAGGAGUGGGUCACAGACCUUCAGCAUUGUGGCAGAUUUGAUGAAGCAGAUGACUUUUCUGUGCCUGACAAUGGUCCCGAAGUGCAAAAAGGUAAAGCUGUCUUGGAUGCUUCUCCUGUUGCGAAGUUAGACGGUAAGGUCAACCCUGGUGCAGAAAGUGUUAAGAAAUAUAUCUCUUCACUGAGUGCCAAUGCCACGUCAGCUCAGCUGGUAAAUCAUGGGUUGGUUGUGAUUCCAUUUCUCAGUGCUUUUGUGAGCUUAAGAGCACUUAACUUAUCUGGGAAUUCCAUAGUGAGGAUAACUGCUGGUGCUCUCCCUCGAGGGCUUCAUGUUUUGAAUCUGUCCAGGAACAGUAUCUCAGUUAUAGAAGGAUUGCGUGAACUUACACGACUUCGUGUUCUUGACCUGAGCUACAAUCGACUAAUAAGAAUUGGACAUGGUCUUGCUUCUUGUUCUUCCUUGAAAGAGCUGUACCUAGCGGGGAAUAAAAUCAGCGAGGUUGAGGGUCUUCACCGCCUCCUAAAAUUGAACGUCCUGGAUUUGAGAUUCAACAAAAUAUCUACAGCCAAAUGUCUGGGCCAACUUGCAGCUAAUUAUGGUUCUUUACAAGCAAUCAGCCUGGAAGGGAACCCUGCCCAGAAGAAUGUUGGUGAUGAACAACUGCGAAAAUGCCUACAAGGCCUUCUUCCGAAUCUCAUUUACUUCAACAGGAAACCCGUCAAGGUGAAGGACACAACAGAUAGAUCUGCUAGAUUAGCCAUUGGUGCUCAUCAGAUAGAUCGAGGUCUCAAAGCGGACCUUAAGGCUAUGCGGAAGGCAAGCCAUAGUGCUUCCACGCACAAAGCAUCAUCUUCAUUGACCCAUGGUCGUAAAAGUCAACCAAUGACCACAACAAAACCAUCCAAGAUUAGACCCACCCGCCUGCCCCCUAGUGGAAUUAAAACUAGUUCACGGCAACAUGUCUAUGAAUUCAGCAGCAAGCUCCUUAGCUUCAGACCUGACCUAUCUAUGCGCAGGAGCCGAAGCGAGGGAACUCUUGGUGUGAUUUGAGGAUCAGACUUAUCAGGGAGAACUGUCAACUUAUGAUACGUAUGACGCGGUCUUCCUGUUUCAGUGUUUAAACUGGUAUAGUACCUGGGCGUAUUUGUCCCUUAACCCUCCCACUAUAUUUAGUUUCCUAGCGACGAUCUGCAAGGCAGCCUGCGCAUGCAAACUUCAGUUGUCUUGUGCCUUUAUGUGCCUUUCAGUAUCCAGAUUUUAGUUCUAUGCUUUAGCUGUUAUUAGAUUGUUUUUUAGGACAAUGCAACUGUGUGGUAUUAUUUGCUAGCGUUGUGUGUGGGUGAUGUACCAUAAUAAUUUGGGUACAAUUAAGAACAUUGUUUCUCAAAUUGGAUGCUGAAGUGUGUUGUUUUAUCAUUUGGUUUUUAAUCCUC